AUGGUUCAAAAAGCACUAAAAGUGAAAACUAAGGCGAAGGAUCCUCGUCGUGUGACGAAGAAGCAAAAAAAUCUGCGGAAAGCAGCUCCCCUUAUUAUCAAAUCGAAAAAGAAGCAGCUGCACUAUUUGAAGAACCUUAAUAGAACUGCUUCCCUUACAGAGAAGACUGAAAAAUUGGUAUCUGCCAAGGUUGGUCAUUUGGAACUGUUGAAAGGUACGAGAAGAGAAUUAGAAAAGUCCAAACGUAAAGACGAUUCGAAGAAGUAA